GUGGAGCGGAUUGUUGACAAGAGGCGAAACAAGAAGGGUAAGUGGGAGUACCUGAUCAGAUGGAAAGGCUAUGGAAGUAAAGAGGACACCUGGGAACCAGAGCAUCACCUGCUGCACUGUGAGGAAUUUAUCGACCAGUUCAACAGCUCCAAGCGGCAUUUGCACAAACGACCUAAGGUCCCAAAAAUUCCCGGGGAGCCCCUCACAACCAGCCAACAUACGGCAACGGAAAUUUCCAGAGCCCGGUCAGAGGUCCGAAAGAAGAAAAGGACUAGUGGUCCAGCUGUGGGGAUGAGAGUUGGAUCCGUUUUAGGGAUUGGAAGUAGUGGAUUGGGGCCAACUAAGAAACAGAAGAAAGUAGUUGCUGGAGCUGGGAAGCAUACUUUAGGGGAGAGAAUGAGCAAAACCAUGACAUACAAGGCUCAUCCAUCAAGUGGAACUCACUGUGUUGCCCCGUUGAGGGUUCCUCAUAAUGGACUUCAGAAUGGAGAGAUGGAGCCUCUUAUGUAUAGUACAUCAGCAAGGUCACAUAGACUGCCUUCAGAUAGGAUGGAUACAGAACUAGGACAAAAAGAUACCGCUGGACCGCAGUUCACAACUGAACUAGGCUCCCCUCUACUCAAUGGGAAGAUGCAUCUGCACAGCUCAGUAAAGCGGAAGUUGGCAGAGGAGAAAGGAUACGUGUUUGACAAGCGGCUCAGGUACAAUGUGCGACAGAACGAGAGCAACUGUCGAUUCAGAGACAUUGUGGUCAGGAAGGAGGAGGGAUUUACGCACGUCCUGCUCUCCAGCCAGACCACAGACAACAACGCUCUAACGCCAGAGAUCAUGAAGGAAGUCUGUCGAGCUUUGGGGAAUGCAGCUGCUGACGAUAGUAAGCUGUUACUCCUCAGCUCUGUGGGGACAGUUUUCUGCAGUGGCCUGGAGCCCUCCUACCUCAUAGGACGCUUGUCCACCGACCGAAGAAAAGAGAGCAGCCGAAUUGCAGAAGCUGUACGGGACUUUGUUUUGGCGUUUAUCCACUUCAAGAAGCCUAUUGUGGUGGCAAUAAACGGGCCGGCUUUGGGUUUGGGGGCAUCCAUCCUGCCUCUGUGCGACGUUGUGUGGGCUAGCGAGAGGGCGUGGUUCCAAACGCCAUGUGCAGCCCUUCACCUCACCCCUUCUGGAUGCUCCUCUUACACCUUCCCCCAGAUUCUGGGUGUAGCUUUGGCCAAUGAGAUGCUGUUCUGUGGAAGGAAACUGACAGCACAAGAAGCGUGUAGUCGAGGUCUGGUAUCACAGGUCUUCUGGCCAACCACGUUUAACCAAGAGGUGAUGCUGCGCGUAAAGGAAAUGGCAUCAUGCAAUGCAGUGGUUUUAGAAGAGUCUAAAUGCUUGGUGAGGAGCAUCGUCAUCCCGGUGCUAGAAGAAGUGAACGAGAAAGAGUGUCAGAUGCUAAAACAGCUGUGGUGUUCAACCAAAGGACUGGAGGCACUCUUCAGUUACGUGCACAGUAAGGCCAGUGAAAAGUAACCGUCCCGAGUCAGAAGGGGGAGUCCGGUCUGCGCGGGUCCGAGGCUGCCUGGGCAGGGGGCAUCCAAGAUGAGACUCCUUUAAUUUCCAGCUUUACCGAGGGUCUAUGGUGCCAUCCGGCAGUGAAGAGUUUCUGGACUUUCGUCUACUUGAGUCCCUAAAAGCAAAAUAAAUGCCCUCAUUGUAAUUUUUUGUAUCAGAGCUUUUUAUUGAACCCACUGUGUCAUAAUGUCCACAUUCUUUAUGUAGUCGAAGCAGGAGGAGCCAGUUGUACAUCAUUUAAAACCAGAGGGACUGUCAUCCAGAUAUCUCACUGCACAUGAUAAAGGAAUCAUAUAUAUAUUGAUAAUAGAUCCAUAUAUUUAUUUCAGAUUUAGAAAAUAGUUUUUUUUCUGUAUAUGAGAUGCAUCUUUUGGGGUUUUCUUACACUCGUGUUUUGGAGUUGAAGGGUGAACUACAUUUUGGAUGAGUAGUCUGUUGUUUGGUUCUUCGAAUGACCUUUCACUUUCACUUCCA